UGGGGCUGGCGGCCCCUCGGUGACAAACCUGCAGCCGGUGCCGCCACCUCGGGGGCGGCACAUUGGUGGCAGCCCCGUGGUGACAGCACUGAAGCCAUCAUUGGCGACAGAGGGGCUGGCACGUUGGUGGCAGCUCGUUGAUGGCGGCACCUCGGGGGUGGCACAUUAGUGGCAGCCCCCUGGUGACAGCUCCGUCCCCGGGGCCUGCGCUCCGUGGCCAUGCUGCGGUGCCACGUGGUCGCCGUCCACAUUCCCGGGGCCACCGGCUUCGGUCCCGGGGUCCUGCUCUCCGUCUGCUUCCGAGGCGUCCCCAGGAGAACCCAGGUAGUGCCCGAGGAGCGCAGCCUCACCUGGAAUGAGGAGCUGGUGUGGCCGCUGGACACGUGUCCCCUGAGUGCCGCGGACACGCUGAGCCUGCGCCUGCGGCGCUGGGACUGCCCGCUGCCCCAGGGGGACCUGGGUGCCACCACGGUGUCACUGGGCGAGUUGGCAGCCAACCCCAGCCUGCCGAUGGCCAUCAGGGACAUCCCGCUGCUGGACCACCGGGAACUGCCCACGGGGUGCACCGCCACCUUCCGCUGCUACUACGACCCGCACGGCACGGCCGGGGAUGUCCCUGUCACCGCUCACGCACAGGUGGCACUGGAGCCACCGGGGGUGGCCCUCGCAGACAGGAAAGAGGAUUUCCAGGUGCGGGUGAGGGUCAUCAAGGGCCGCCAGCUGCGGGGCAAUGACAUCAGACCCGUGGUGAAGGUCCAGAUCGGGAAGCAGAACUUCCGCACCCGCAGCCGCAGCGGGAGCAACCCCUACUUCAAUGAGGUGUUUUGCCAGAAUUUCCGCCAGACGCCGGAGCAGCUGGUGGCACAGCCCAUCCACAUCCAGGUGCUCCGUUCACCAAACAUCUGCACCAAACCCAUCAUCGGCGUCUUCGAGCUCGACGUCGGCACCGUCUACUCUGCCCCAGGGCGCAGCCUGAGCGGGAAGUGGCUGAGCCUGCAGCACCCGCGGCACCGCGACGGCCGCUCGCAGGGCUUGCUGCAGGUCAGCCUGGUGGUGCGCCGAGCCGGAGAGCGCGCCCAGGAGGAGGAGAUGCCGGCGGGGGACGAGGAUGUGGAGGCGAACCUGCUGCGGCCACCGGCGUGCGCCACCACCCUGCAGAUCCGCGUGUUCCGCGCCGAGGAGCUGGCACGGGCGGAGCCGGCGCGGCCGUGCCUGGGCGGCACCGCGGGCUCGGCCAAGGUGUCGGUGCGGGUCGGCUUUGCGGGCAGGACGCUCUGCACCCGCGGGAUGCCCCCCGAUGCCAGCCCCGAGUGGAACGAGGUUUUGUUCUUCCCCCUGCGGCUGCCCCCGGUUUGUGACGAGAUCCUGCUGGAAAUCCUGCGGGGGUCGUGCCAGAGCAAAGUCGUGGGCAGGGCCACCCUGCGGCUGUCCCAGAUCUCCCGGGACCCCGACGAGCUCGAGGAGGGGACCCCCGGGUUCUUGCCCUCCUUCGGGCCCUGCUUCCUGCCCUUCUACGGCCCCCGGCCCGACUCUGCCCCGGACUCGGGGCUGGUUUAUCGGGGCCGGCUGCUGCUGGAGCUCUGCACCCGCGUGGGGACCCCGCCCGCGCGGCAGCGCGGGGCCAUCGCGCCCGUGGAGGCCGAGCGGGCGCAGGGUAAUUAG